CACACACACACACACUCACUCACUCACUCACUCACUCACUCACUCACUCACUCACACACUCACAUACACAGAGCGUACACUUGUAAUGCAUUUGUUAGAUAUACUUUGUCUUAUUAGAAAGUCAGUUGUUGUGCAGAGGUUCUGAGAAAAAAAAAUUAAUUACUAAGGGGUUCAUGUACAUAACCAGAAUUAAUUUUUGAGCUACGGAUUCCUUCUCUAUUCCUCUCUCUUAUUCAUUGUUUGUCAAGUGCUUCUCCGUGUCAGGCUUGCAUGCCAAUUGAGGGUUAUCUUUGGCAAUCAAUAUGUUUCCACAAUAGUUAAGAACUCACGCAAUCCUCACCCUCAUUCUUUGAGCCCCUUCCAAAUUAGGAAUUCUCUGAACCCCCCAAAAACGAAUUCGCUAUCCCUUCUUCUCCAUCUGUACUCCACACUUUUAUUCCUCCUAUCUCUUUCUAAUGGAUUCCACCGUGAGAAACAUCCCUAUAAGUUCCAUCCAAGCCUUCCACUCAAGGGAGCGGAAGCUUUUUUCUCGAAUGGUCAUCGACCUCUGUAUGGAUCCUACCCGCUCCAUGGAGAUCAUUGCUUUCUGGCUUUGGCUAGAGGAGCAGGAACAAACUGAUAUUAUAGAUCAUAUCAACUCGCUUAGUGACUCUAGCCUUCAGAUUGUUGCAUUGAUUGGUCGGGACUUUGUUGAUGCACUACGACUUGAUACGCCUCCGGAUCAGCUUGCUGUUGGCUUCCACCAGAAUGCUGUUAAUGGGGUGAAAUAUUACCUUAAUAGUGUGUGCUUGAAGGCUUUCAGUGACAUCCAGAGGAGGGCAGAAAAGGCAGCUAACUUGCAUCGGAUGGAAAUGCUUGUUCGCCAGAUGAGCAAUACCUACCUUCAAUCUGUUGAUCCCAGGCAGAUCAUCCCUUCUUCUCCUCAUGUCAUGGACUCAGUGGCACAAAUGAGGCCAUUCUGUAUCCAGCCUUACAUUCCCCAUGGAGAGGGCACGAGCAGAGGUACUAAUGCCAGGAUCCAACCUCUUGGUAUAUUAGAUGUAGAAAGGGGGAUCCAAUCUGGAUAUCCUUUCAACCUCAGUAUGCUCAAACAAAGACCUCUUAUCCCUUACUUUCCUCAGAUUGGUUAUCAAUUGCCAACCAUGACUCAAAACAUCAAUGCUGAAAUGGGGCUUAGUAGCCCGUACCUGGUUAGAGCUAACAGUCAACAGCCACCAACAGACAAUAUUCCUAUGGAGGAGAGGACACUAUUUGUUACCUUUUCUAAUGGCUAUCCUCUGACCAAAGAGGAACUAUAUACCUUCUUCAUGAGGUAUUAUGGGGAUGUGGAGAUGGUGAAUAUACAGAAACCGAAAGAAGGCAAGCCUCCCCAAUAUGCUUAUGUUUCGUUCCAUACAUUGGCAACAGUUCUUGAAGUCUUGAAUGGUGCUGAUAAGGUCAAGUUCAUAACUAAUGGGAAGCAUCUUUGGGCAAGGCGCUUCAUCCCUAAGAAGAAUCCAUGCAAUGAUACUCUGAAUUAUGGAGAUGCGGUGCUGCUGAACAUUCAGACACUAAAAGCAUGGAAUAGUCAUCAACAUUCACAUGUUUCAUGACAUUGACGACAAUUUCAUUGAAUGUUGAAUGUUACUGAAAUGGCUAAGUUGAUGUGUUGGAUAAUUGUAAACUUUGAACUACUAGGGCUUUCUACUAUCUUGUUUCCAGCACUUAUACGCAUGUUAAGUUUAUUUUAGACAUCUUGUUUAUGCUAAUUAUGAAGCGGUCAUAUACUCAACUAGAGGUCAGUUAGUAUUAUCCAGUGCUAUUUCUUCGAUCUCAACGGAAAAACCUACAUUUCCAAGUGUGUAGAAAUGCAUGUUAUACUGCUCUACUUUGCAGUACCUUGCAAUACUUGCAAAUUCUAGUUUAGCAUCUGUUGCCAUAUUUUGGUGAUAAUUUACUGCAAGAGGGUUUUUGAAGUAGAGUAGUUGAACAUCUUGACUAAAUCAGCAAACUUUCUUUUACGCGCUUUUUAUUAAUUUGAGCAGGGUUUAAGUUUGAGCAAGCCUCUAACACUGUAAAAAGCACAAUGAGAGGAAAGUUCUCUGUGCCCGUCAUAUUUAUCCAGAUAAUAGUUGCAAUAUGUGAUUAGUCGACAUUAUUUUCCCUUUCCAGGUUAUUUACAAAAAUGUUACUUUUCAUAUUGAUAUCCUGAAAUUGCAGUUGAUCUGUGGUUCCAUUUUUGUGUAGCGGGCAUGCUCAAGUUCAGAUAAUCAUUGUGCGGAGAAUUUUUUUUUAAUUUACCUUUUUCUGUUUCUCUACUUUUCUUCAAAAUGUUGAAAAGGUCUCCUUUCC